AAGAAGAAGAAGAAGAAGAAGAAGGAGAGGAGAAAGCAUGGGAUCGGUUCUGUCGUCCGUUAUGGGAGGAGCGGCGGUGGGAGGGGGUUCGGAGGAUUCGGAGGAGUCUCGAGUGACGUCGUAUCACUCGGCGGCCAGGUGGCAGCUCUACUUGAAUUCCAUCAAGGAAAACCCCAGCAAGCUGCUGGUGAUUGAUUUCUCGGCGUCGUGGUGCGGGCCCUGUAAAAUGAUGGAGCCGGUCUACCACGACAUGGCGUCUAGGUUCACCGACGUCGACUUCGCCAAGAUCGACGUCGACGAGCUCUCUGAGGUGUCUCAACAAUUCGGGGUGCAGGGGAUGCCGACCUUUGUGUUACUCAAGAACGGGAAGGAGGUGGAUCGGGUUGUUGGCGCCAAGAAAGAUGAACUUGAGAGGAAGGUUGAGAAGAACCGCUCUUAGUUUUUGAUUCAGUAUUUGUGAUCUACCAAGUGUUCAACUUUCUCUAUCUGAUUCUGGAAACUCAUAUUUUUACAUUCUAGUUUAUUGUUCUAGUCUUUUGUGGCA